CUUAUUUCAACCUAGAAUAUAUAUCCUUCCUAGCUGGCUAGAUCUUCUUCUACUUCAACCACCAGCACUUCAUUAUCUCUGCCAUACACGCACACAUACACAAUACAUCAUGGCGACACUAGAGGUCCGCAACCAGGAGUCCAACAGCCUCGCCCUGAACGAUUCCUCGGUGAAACACCAUCUCCUUGGCUUCGUCUCCUUUGCCCUCGCUUUUGAAAAGGUAGUCGAGCAAUCCUCCAAUGCCACGUUCAAGCUCUCGGAGCUUUCAUGGCCCACCCUGACGAUCAUCGGCUUGGGUCUCGCCUGGAUUGUGUGGCGGGUGUACUCGUUUACAGUCUACCCGCUGCUUCACCCACGCGAGCCCAAGGAGGUUCCCUACACGGUCCCGUUCCUCGGCCACGCCAUCGACUUCUUCCGCGACGGUGAAAAGGCCGCCCGCCUCGGCCGGGAGUACUUCAACAAUAGCAGCAUUCCCUACAUGAUGCGUGUUGCCGGGCAGCGCAUGUACUUUGUCACCGCGCCCCAGGACAUCAACACCGUCUACCGCAACACCAAGACGCUCAGCACCGAAAAGUUCGCAAAGGACAUGAUGAAGUCGCUCGGAGUCAGCGCCGACGGCAUGAAGAAGGGCUGGGGCAACCCAGCCGAGAAGCCCCUCUCGGAGCACGCCGUCGACAUCUUCCGCAAGCAAUUCAACCCCGGGCCCAACCUCACCUCCAUCUGGACCUCCAUGUCCCACCACAUGGACAAGGCCCUGACCUGGGACAACGUGCCCCGCGACGCCAUCCGCUCCGAGGGCAAGACCCAAAUGACCAUGUCCCUCUGGACCUUCACCCGCGCCGUCCUCAUCGACUCCCUCAACCUCGCCCUCUUCAACAAGACCCUCACCGACCUGCAGCCAAACAUGGUCCAGAUCAUCUCCGACUUCGACGACUACUCCUGGCAGCUCAUCUACCAGCUCCCGCCCGUCAUGGCCAAGGAAGUCCACAACGCCCUCGCCGAGCUCAAGUCCACCUUCCGCACCUACUUCGCCAUCCCCCAGCCCGACCGCGCCGACGCAGCCUACAUGGUCACCGCCCUCGAGGACAAGAUCCGCGCCUUCGGCCUCGGCCCCGACGACCUGGCAACCAUGUUCGUCGUCCCAAUGUGGGUCACAAACUCAAACGCCUACAAGCAAGCCUUCUGGGUCCUCGCCCACAUCCUGCACGACGAACACCUCCACUCAACCAUCAAACACGAAAUCAAAGCCUCCAUCGCAGCAAACCCACACCUCGACCUCCCCGCCGCCCUCGAGCUCUGCCCCUCCCUCAUGGCCGUCUACAACGAAUCCCUCCGCCACAUCACCUCCUCCCUCUCCGUCCGCAGCGUCGCCGCCGACACCGAAAUCGCCGGGAAACUCCUCCGCAAAGACGGCAUCGUCACCAUGCCUUACCGCCCCAUGCACCACGACGCCUCCCUCUGGGGCCCGCAGGCCGACACCUUCGACCCCGCCCGCUGGACCUCCGCGCAGAAGGAUCUCACCAAGGGCAAGGAAUUCCGCCCGUUUGGCGGCGGGAGCACGUAUUGCCCUGGCCGGGCGAUUGCGCUGAAGGCGGUGUUGACGUUUGUCGGGAUUGCGUUUACGCGGUUUGAUGUGCGGUUGCCGGAGGGGGUGGAGCGGAGUUGGGAGAGGUUGGCGCGGAUGGUGGAUACGAAGGCGGUUUCGGUGGGGAUUUUGCCGCCGUUGGAGGGCGAGGAUGUGGAGGUUGUUAUUCGGAAGGUGGGGUAG